AUUUUGGAACUUCAAGAAAAGUCGAUAUGUUAAAUACUACACCGAAUUUAGAGGUAUGAAGUUUUGUACUUUUGUGCCGAUAUCUCUUAAUUUAUUGCUGUAAAAAUAUGCACUUUCUCAAUUGAUGCGGUAUAAACGCAUUUCACUUUAACACUCAAUUAUAUUGCCAAUUUUUUCACUGAGUAAAAAAGUUCCAAUUCAAAUUACUCUUUAUUAACACUUCAGGUACUUUGAAUAGUAUAAACAAACAGUUAUGUAUAUGAAAACAUAAAUAUAAUUUGUUUCAGCUGCCCCUUGUUUUAUUAAAACGCUUACAACAAUAAGAAGAGCAAUAAUUUAUAAAAUUAAUAUACCAACGGAAAUCACAAACACAAUUCGAUUUCACUGCCGAGAAAAUACUAAACAAAAACAAUGUUCAAGAAAAUGAAAUUAUAAUUGACUACACGAAGUGUUGCCAACUAUUGUACAUGUGAUUGAGGCAAUUUUAUGAGUUCAACCAAUCGCCAUAUUUUUUUCCAACAAUUCUACUUUUUUAUUUAAUAAAAUUAGAGAGAGUUUUUGUAUACCAUCUAUAGUGCAAUUAAUGCAGUGGCAACAUGUACACAAAAUCGAACAGAGCUACAAACUGACAGCUAUUUGUGCCAGAACAAAAACACAUCGCUUUUUGUGCACGCCGCAGAAAAAUUUUCAAUUACAUUUGUGUUUUUAUUAUUAUUAAAUUUACUAUUCAUUUUUAACUCAACAUGGAGGAUGGAGAUUACGAUAAUGAUGAUGUCGGUGGUGAUGAGUUCGAUGAUGUUGACGAAGAGGACAACAUUGAUGAUAUUAAUCAGGAAGAGGAGGCCGAUAAUAUAGAAAUUAUAGCGCAAGGCAGUGGAGGAGGUGGCGUACCUAAAUCAAAACGUAUUACCACCAAAUACAUGACGAAAUACGAACGCGCGCGUGUAUUGGGUACGCGUGCGCUACAAAUUGCUAUGUGUGCACCUAUAAUGGUUGAAUUGGAAGGUGAAACCGAUCCACUACAGAUUGCUAUGAAAGAAUUAAAGCAGAAAAAAAUACCAAUUAUUAUAAGACGUUUCCUACCAGAUCACUCAUAUGAGGAUUGGAGUAUAGAUGAAUUAAUUAUAGUGGAUCAUUAAGUUGUAAUUUUAAAGUGUAGAUUUUAUUAAAAAGAAUUUUUUUGAAAAUAA